AUGGCAUCUGGUUAUUUGAAGUUGGGGACAGUUUGUAUUUGUGUUGUCUCCGAACAAACUCACAAGGAGAAUGAAUCCCGCGGAGGCCGCAAACGAAGCCCUCCACAGCGUCGAAGAGGGUUCUGCUGCUAAGACGAAAUGCCCUGGCAAGUUCUACGAUGUCUAUGGACCCCAAGGCAAGGCAGAUGUUGUUUUCAAGUCACAAGAAGAUAAUUCAACUUUGAACAUAAGUGAUGUUCAAGGACUUAUAACAUGGGUGCUCGGUGAAGGAUUUAUGCCAUCAUGGGUUUUUAUCAAGAAUAAACCUCUUAUUCCCAAAGUGGUUAUGCUCUACGUCCCUGGCCUGGAUGCAGCUUUGUUCUUGUCGCAGUCUAAAAUGCUUCCCAGUUUAAAAAAUUUUUGUGGCAAACCAAGGCCAGUCUUGGCACUUAGUUGUGUAUCAGAUGGUAUGCAGACUAUAGAUGCACUACUAACAUGCAAGGUGAAAAGAAAGAGGGAUCAGAAUAGUUCAAUAAUGAGGAAAUCUGCCUGGACAUCUCGACAAGAAGGUUGUGGUGGUACAGACAAUCUAUCGUUUAUGGAGCUUACAAAAGACAUACCUUUUCCUGUUACAUACUAUACACUAACAGAGAAAGAGCUGGAAGAGAAUGGAUAUUUUGUUAAUAAGCCAGAUUUUCUUUGUACAUUGCCUGCUCCUUCAAGAUCUCCUUUUUAUGAGAUGUUAGCACUUGAUUGUGAGAUGUGCAUAACAAGUGAAGGUUUUGAGCUGACAAGAAUUACUCUAGUGGAUGUCAAAGGACAGGUUUUGAUAGAUAAAUUGGUUAAACCAACAAAUGCUAUCAUUGAUUACAACACAAGAUAUAGUGGAAUAACAUCAGAGAUGCUAGACGGGGUGACAACAAAUCUAAGAGACAUUCAGGAAGAGUUUCUAAAAUUGGUUUAUAAAGAGACUAUCCUUGUGGGGCAUUCUUUGGAAAAUGAUUUAUUAGCACUGAAAAUAUCGCAUGACUUGGUCAUUGACACAGCAGUAUUAUACAAACAUCCCCGAGGAUCAUCUCAUAAAACUGCUCUACGGUUUCUUGCUAAGAGAUUUCUUUCAAGGGAGAUACAACAAUCAGGGAAUGGACAUGACAGCAUUGAAGAUGCUAGAGCUACCAUGGAGUUGGCACUACUGAAGAUCAGAAAUGGGCCUGACUUUGGUUCCCCUCCAUCCUUUAUGCGGAAAAAGCUCCUUUCCGUUUUGAGUGAGUUUGGCAGAACUUCCUCCUUGAUUGAUGAUAUAUCCAUAGUAAAACGGUAUGUCUCUGAGUCCUCUCAUGCAAUUCCUGUGACCUCUGAUGAUGAAGCACUUGCAAGGACCAACAAGGAGGUGAAGAAUGAAAAGGUACAUUUUAUCUGGACUCAGUUUUCAGAGUUACAUUCAUACUUGAAGAAACAGGCUGAAGAUUCAGAGAACUUGAAUAGAAGACUUGCAGAGAUGAUGGCAUUACAUACAUGUCAGAAUAAUUUUGCAAAAGGGAAAGGCUUCAAGGUCAAAGCAUCUGCUGAAUUGAAGGAAAUUCUGGCUCGCAUGGAUGCUAGAAUUCAAAAUCUGUAUUUGUCAUUACCCACGAAUUCUAUGAUGAUAAUUUGCACUGGUCAUGGAGACACAGCAGUUGUCCGCAGGCUGAGAAGAAUGCUUACGGAGCAGAAUGAUAGUACUUUAUGUCGCGAGGAGAUUGUGGAAAUAUUGGAAGAGGUUCAGGCUCGUGCUGAAGUAGCUUUGUGUUUUGUAGGCGUAAAGCAUUGAAUAUAAUCAAUACAAAAAUGAACUGAAAUGAUUUUUGUCAACCUGUGGUGAUUACCCACAAUUUGAUGGGAAACAUUGUAAAUGUAAAUAUUGGCAAGUCUCACGGCAAUAGAUCUACUUCAUGUAUGCAAUAUUAUCAUGAAAAAAUAUGCAGAAGAACCCUAAUAUUUUAAAUGGUUCUGCUUGUC